GUGACACGUUGCCGACUGUCGCUAUUUGUCGUUUAAAAUUACUAAACAUGCACGAACUUUGCUACUGACGUCGAUGGUUUAGGUGGAAGGCGUUGUGGUGUUGGUGCAGUACUGUUGGAGCGAUCAGCAGCGGGCGAAACAGGAAGCAUGCCGCAAGUCAGCCGAGGUGAUCAAGCGAGUUUCGCACCAGGUGCGUCGAACGAAACUGCAGGACGAAGAAAGUGGAAGCGACUUUUUGCAGCUGUUCUCUAGCCAGGAUCAGCGUGUCGGCUGGCAAGGGCCAGACGCCUGGAGUUUCGAGCCGGUCCACCGAGUGCUGACCGCUGUCCGCAAGCAGUUGCUGUCUUCUUCCUCGUCCAGAUGCAGCAACCUGCACGCAUUGCUGCAAAAGACGUGCGCCGACCAGGGGGCCUCGUUCAGCAUCGAUCGCCAGCACACCAGCGGAUGGAUGGAACGGUGCCGUGUGCAGAUUUGUGGCGUGACUAUUUUUGAGCAGAUCGACCGCGUCGUUCCCAAACAGAACCAGUCCGAUUUUCUGAACGAGUUGAGUCGCAAGGCCAUCGAUCACCUUUUGUCGGCAGUUUUCUCAAAGUUUGAGGUCUCCUCGGCGGUGGCAGCCCCCACUGGAGUUCAGCAGAUGCCGCCGAAGGUUGACUCGCAGCCUCCUUCGUCGUCAUCGUCUAAUCUACAGUCGCUGUCGUUGCAGCAUGAGGCUUUGUUCAGGAAACUAAAGCUGAACCUUUCAACCACAGCGCCGCAGAUGAACCCCAUACAACGCAUUGGCAUCGCUUGUGCUAAGGCGAAAUGCAUUCCGCAAGUGAGCUUCAGCAGCUGUCCUUCGUCGUGCUGCACAUUGAAGGUGGACGAAGUCCUUGUUGCCCAAGGCUGGGGUACUAACAAGAAGAUUGCCAAAAACGACGCGUUCACCCGAUUUGUCGCCUUUUUGGAGUUACCCUACUUUCAGGUCGCUGCCGAUCCUCAAAACGGUGGCCAAUUGACUUUCUUCGCGUCGAUAAAUCCUAUUGGAUCUGACGCCGCUCAGGAAACACCGGGUGAUUCUGUCAACGCCUCCUUCGAUGGUUCCGGCGCUGAGGAGCUCAGAAGCAUGGUGCUGUUUGAGUUUGUUGGUCGCGCCUCUGACGUCACUCCCACCAACAUUCUAAACACUUCUGCGCAAUUUAACCACUUCGACGUCGAGUACGUCAAUCUGCCGGCAGACCUCAGCACGGCUACCGGCGACUGCCGUUACAGGACUGCCGUUUAUGUGCAAGGAGUGAAGGUCAGCGAAGGUGGUGGCUUCCGGAAAGAAGAGGCGAAGCGCAACGCUGCCCAACAAGCCCUCGACAAACUCAGACGCACGCAGUACACGAUUUUGGUAAAAUCGUCAAUCGACAAAAGUCAGGAUGCGGUAUCGGUCAACGGCGCAGCAUCGAGCUCUGGCCGGCCCCCUGCCACUGUGGCCCUUCCCGAUACGAACGUCGGCAGGAAGAUGCUAGAAAAGAUGGGCUGGACGGGGGGAGGCAUCGGCCUCUACGAGCAGGGCAUCAAAGAGCCGAUCUCCCUGCAGGAGACCUGGCAGCGCAACGGCAUCGGCAGUAGCGUCGGUGGAAACUUCUGUCGCGUCAUCAAUGCUUUGCUGUCCGACUAUGCCCAUUCGGACCGCCAGGACGACCUGGUGUUCUCGGUCGAACUGAGUAGAGAGCAGCGCGGGUACAUCCACCGUGCAGCCCGUCGGUUCCAGCUGAAAUCGGCAUCCUAUGGCACUGGUGAAUCGAGGCAGCUUACUCUGCAGAAACCACGGACUCCCCACCAGCUGCUCGCAUAUCUGCAGAUGGUCGGUGGUGAAACUGGCAAAUACCGUCUUAUUCCUCCUUCCUCAUUCAGCAGCCAACAAUGUUAA